GAGACCUUAGUGGCAUACAGACAACUGCUCAUUAAGUAGUAUUAGGGAGCCGGUGCUUGUAGUGUUUGUUUCUACCCGUGUCAAAUUCAGUUAUAAAACUAGAACUUCCGUUUUCAUUAUUAAAUGUUCGAUGAUGAGGGUUUUUUGUAACUUCCUAGGUCUUGUCUUUCUCAUAGCGCGAUGUAUAGCUGACUAUAAUCCAUUAGAAAAUCCCAAUGUAUGUGGCGUGCCUACUUGUAAAGUAAAUGAUGAUCAGCGAAAAUUCAAAUACGGCCCUGGAAACGAACAAACUUACAAUUAUGUAGUAGAUGUGAAAUCCGUAUUCAACGGAACAAGUAAAAACGAAUCUAGCCUAUUUAUCCAAGGAAAAGUGAUAUUAGGUUUUCUAACACCAUGCGACGGUCUUCUUUACCUAUCCGACAUAAAAUUGAGUGGACACAGACCAAAAAAUGGGGAGGAGAUAACUGAACAUGUUAAUAGCAUGGAGUUUGCUGAUGCUCUAACUACUUAUUCUGUGAGAUUCGCUUUUCAAGAUGGUAUCAUUUAUGAAGUUUGUCCAAAAGAAGAAGAGAAGGAGUGGGUUUUGAACUUUAAAAAAGGGAUUUUAAGUAUGUUACAAAAUUCCAUGAAAAGAUUCGAUCUUGAUUAUUCUGUGGAUGAAGAAGAUGUUAGAGGAAAGUGUCCCACGCAUUACAAGGUUUUUGGAGUGAAAGAAACUACUUUAUUGAUUGAAAAAACCAAAGACCUGGAAAUGUGUCAAGGAAGAUCAAAGUUACAUUCCUCGAUUCAGUCACAAGCUGUUCCUAUCUUUCAAGGGAGUAUUAACAAAGACAACAUUCUAAAGUCAAAAAGCCGUUGUACUAUUUCUAUCGACCGCAAUAUUUAUAAAGAUAUCCUUUGUGAAGAAAGUUAUCUGUUGCAACCGUUUUCAAACUACGAACAGGGUGCCAUUACGACUGUUACUCAAGAGCUAACCCUACAAAAUGAAAUUCCAACAAUAACGGUUGAUGAUGAAGAAUUGAUGAAAAGAGUACCUUUGACUUUUAAUAAUGUCAUAACUGCGAAACCCAUCUCCGAUGACAUAGAGAUAUCAAAAGAUUCAAUGGAACAACUGUGUAAAUUGGAUAAAAUGUCCGAUAGAAUGCAGCUUGCGGAUUUUUUUAGUAAAUUCAUCCAUAGUUUACGGCCUCUUUCAUAUUCUGCUCUGAACGACCUCUACAUGCAAUCAGGCAGUGUUUGCCCAACAGCAAAACAGUAUCUACUAUAUGCUUUACCCUUUGUUAACACAAUUGGUUCAGUAACUACGAUGAAGGACAUUGUUGUUGAAAAAUCCGUUCCUGAAUCAACAAUCAAAGACUAUAUAUCAGCGAUAGGUUCAACUUCAGCUCCUAAUAAUGAAAUGAUGGAUGUAGCAAUGAGUUUAUUACAAGAAACAAAGUUUUAUUUAAGUGCUCUAAGUGUUGCGUCUCUAACACAUACUUAUUGUAACCAACAUAUCGAUUGCCGCAAUGAGAAUGUGGUGUUAUCUAUUAUGGAAUUUUAUGAAAAUCAUUUUAGAGAAUUGUUCCAGCAACAACCAUUCAACAGAACAACUAACGACGAAAUCAUGGUCACACUAAAGGCACUGUCUAACAUCGGCCUGAUGUCAGAUGAUUUUAUUCAAGAACUUGUUAAAGUUAUAGAGAAUUCUAAAAUAGACGUUGGAAUACGAGUCGCUGCUGUGGAAAGUUUCAGGAGAACUUCUUGCGAUGAUACCAGAAGUUAUUUCGAACACAUAUUCAGAACUCAAGAAAUGGACGCGGAAGUUAGAAUUGCUGCUUAUUUACAGAUUAUGAGAUGUCCGGAUUAUCUCUUGAUUAAAACUAUUAGACAUACAUUGAUGAAUGAGGAAGUGAAUCAAGUUGGAUCAUUUGUUUGGACGCACCUUAAUAACCUCCUGAGAUCAGCCAAACCAAGUAAAGUUGGAAUACAAAGUCUAAUAAGUGACAAAGAUUUGUCUAAAAAGUUCGACAACGAUGUAAGAAAAUUUUCGCGAAAUUUUGAAGGAUCUAUGUAUUUUGAGGAAUACAAUGGAGGUGGAAACUACGAGAGCAAUGUUAUAUUUUCAACCAACUCGUAUGUACCAAAAUCCGCUAUGCUGAAUUUGACUGUUGAUUUGUUUGGAGAAUCUUUUAAUGUUUUUGAGAUAUAUGGUAGAGUGGACGGUUUUGAACAUUAUCUCGAAUCAAUAUUCGGCCCGAAAGGAUCCUCGCAAACUAUAAAGGAAAAUCUUAUGGAUACAUUGAAAUGGCGGAGGGAUACGAGGCAGAAUGCUCUUAUUAAGAAUCGAGUAGAUGAACUACCUAAUGUUGUGGACAACUUCGCAAUGGAACCAAAGGUAGCUUUUGGAUACAAGAUAUUUGGAAAUGAAGAGAAAUAUAUGACUUUUGUUGGCGAUAAGGAAAUUAAAGAUUACUUGAAAAACCUGGACCCUGUGUAUAAUUUGGCCAAAAUCUUAUCAGGCAAGGAAAUCAUUUACAACAAGUCCUCUAUGUUUUUGGACGGAAAGUACAUUGUCCCCAGUGGUGCGGGCUUACCUAUAUCCCUUGCAGUUACAGGAACAGCGUCAGUGAAUAUCAAAUUAUAUGGCAACUUGAAUUCAGGAGGAAAUUCUCAAAACUCAGGAUUUAACAUCGACCUCACAGCUGAUGUUGAACCUACCGUUUCAGUAGAUUUAACAGGAGAAAUGUCUGUAGAUGCCGUAUAUACUAGCACCGGAAUUAAGUUGAAAACGAAUUUAUAUAGUGAUAGUGCACUUAAAGCGGACAUUAAGAUUUCUGGAACAAAAUUAGUAAGCCUAAAAUUGAGUUUACCCAGAGAGAAAAACGAAAUCUUUGUAGCCAGCUCUGAAUUGUUAGUGAAAAAAGAUGACAUAGAAGAAAUACAAGAAGGUUUGGUGGAUAAUAGAAUCAAAAAUGAAAUUUGCUCGUGGCCAGCAGUCGAUGAAGCUAUAGGUUUGAAAUUGUGCACAAAUUAUAAUUUUGUUAAUGUAACAAAAAUUACCAAUCUGCCGUAUUUACUUAUGAUUGGUCCGGCAAACUUCAGGAUAUCUUUACAUAAAGCAGAUCCAACAGCUACAGUAUACCUGUUUCAAUAUAAGUAUGAGAGCAGGGAAAAUAUUGGUGUUAUCUCAGUUAUAUUCGAUACUCCAGGUUCAGCUAUGGAAAGGCUUAUUUCUGCCAAUCUUACCCUGGACAAUCAAUCUCAAAAUAUGACUUUAUUUCUUCGGUCUGCUACUAAUACUGUAGUGGCUUAUGGCAGAUACAAAUUUACACCAGAUGAGCAAUUGAUACAACUUGAAUUUGACAUAAAUAACGUUAAACACUUCGAAGCCAGUGCGGGAUUAAAGAGAACUACACUCAAACACGGAUAUUCUUAUCGACCAAAUGUUUAUGUGGGAGUUAGUGGGGAGCGUAUAAUAAGUUUCACAGGUAAUGUGGAAACGAUGAGUAAAGGUGCAGUAUCUCAAUAUAGUGUUAAUCUGGGUUUCAAUACCAAAAGAUUCAAAUCAAUACUGUAUGGGUACAUUUUGAAAGGUGAUACGUCAGUCCAAGGUAGUUUGACAAACGAUUAUCAAUUCAUUGGAACCAAAAAACACCGAAUAUCGUUUAAGUUUGGAAUUGGAGACAAAUCACACAAAAAGAAUAUGGAAAUUUAUGCUGCAUUCUUUAGCAUUCUGUCGAGUGCUUAUCCUAAUAUGAAUUUGGAUGCAAAUGCAACGUUUCAUAGGAGUGAUAACCAUAAAGAUUUCAGUUUUAAACUUUAUCAAAGUCCAUUACCUAAAAGUAACCCCAACGCAGACGACAACACAUUAAAAUUUGAAAUAUUAGCAUCUUACUCUCUACUUUCGGACGGCCGAAAAAAAUUUCAAAUUGAAACGUCAGUCAAUCGAAGAUCCAAUAAUUUAGAACUUAGGGGAAAACUUACAUAUGAAACAUAUAGAUACGAUAUCACUUCCGUCCUUUUGAUACAGUAUGGACAGAAUAAAGAAGUUUCUAUAACCAUAUUUUGGUCACAUCCCCGAUCUAGUCUCGAACAAAUUAAGACGCAUGUUAAUGUCACCAUUCCAUCUUUCACACCGAUGAUUUUGAGACUACAAAUAACGGAAAAGCAGCCAAAAGAUUAUAUGAUUGAUUUCAAAGGAACGUGGUUCAGUGGCCACAGUAUGAACGCCGCUGUAUCCUAUCAAGACAAGAGUGAUCCACUAUCCGUUGAUCACCAUGUAAAGCUUCUCCUAAUGUCUCCCCAUUUUAAAGAUAUCACCAUUGACCUGCAAUUUUAUCGUGACAAUGACAUAUUGAAGUUCGACCUAAAGGGUGAUAUUGACAAAAAGCAGAACUAUGAUUAUGGAAUAUCCUUCUUUAGUCAAACGAUUUCAGAAAAUUCAACGAAAACUGGAGCUCAACUUAAAUAUGGGAUGAAGUUAUAUAGUUAUUCUGGAUAUAUUUACGAUGGUGACUACAAAAAGAUUUCUGCAAACAUUCAUCUUGAUCAAAUAAGGGACAUUGUAUUCUCACUGUACUUAUGUAAUCAGCUUAACGAUAAAGCAAUAGAUUUCGAAAUCAACUGGGAUUCAAACAGAAACGCUAAUCAGAAAGUAAUGGUAUCUGCAACUUACAAGAAACAGGCAGCGUUCGAUUAUACUGCUAACUUUAUUGUGACAUACCCAGGUCGCGGUAUAAAAGGAGACUAUUCAUUUUUAUUAGAUGGAAAACGUUUGAAAACUCUAGUUAGUCUUUCUUGGGAUGUAGAAAAAACGUUUGCUAUUGAUUUGGAUGUAAUAUACGAAUAUAAUCAGAAACUUUUCUUCGAAAUUGCUUCGGAACUAAAGACACCUUUUGAUAACUGGAAGGUUACACAAUUGCAAGGAAGUUUAGAACAUUUGGAUCACAUGUACUAUCUGUAUGGAAUAGUAUCUUGGGAAAGACGCCAAAGGAUAGAAAUGAAUAUUUUUGGAAACUAUACAUCAAAUGACAAAGAGUUUAUGUGUAAAUAUAGUUGUUCCGUUGCGAGCACUGUGGACCGCGUACCAAAUGUAAAUACAACUAUAAGUCACCUGCAAAAUGGAACUCAUUUUAACACAGAUAUCACUUUAAUGUAUAAUCCUGAUUUCGUUAUUGGUUUGGAAAGUAGAUGGAAAAUAGAUGAGGACAACAUAUAUACUAACAUAACUGGAACAGUCAGGUCUCAAAGCCCAUUCAAAGGUUUCAAGAGUGGUCUCUUUGUAAGCAAAAUUAUGAUAAAAGAUAGUAAUUAUAUAAGAGGAGCAGCACAAUUGGACCUGGAUCAUAAUCAAGUAGAUUUAGAUAUGGAAGGGAAAUUCAUAAGACUUUCGGACUGCAUGCUAGUAAUAAAUGCAACAACAAUCAAAGAUAAUUACCAGUUAAGAUUUAUUAUCUCUUCAGCUAAACGUAACUUUGUUUCCUUAAUCACAUAUCCUACAGGAGGGUUAGGUGGUGAAAUAUUGCUUUCCGUUAACAGCAUUACCGAUUUUGAUGUUAAAUUGCAUUUAGCUACACCGGUAGAAUUUUUGCAAGAUGUCAUUAUAGUUGCAAAGUUGAAGCCACAUGGGGCAGAUUUCCGGUUAGGAUGGAACUUUUUAUUACUAGGAUUCUCUGGAGUAUGGCAUUACGCUAAUGCUGUAGAUUUCGACUACUCUUACAAGAUUUAUACUCCCAUCGAAGGUUUUGAAGAAAACGGUAUCGUCGCAAAACUUAUAUUCAACGAAGGCUUAGACUUCGAAUUUUCCUCUAAGUUUUCCUACUAUAAGCUCGGUGCCAAGCUUCUGGGUCAAUCGAAACCCAAACCUCUCAAGGUAUUGGGUAUCAUGUUGAAAAAUGUCUAUGAGAGAUCGAAACAGUCGCAAACAGAAGAAAAAGAUUACGAUGAUCCACUUAGUUGGGAAGGUUCAAUAGAAUUGGAUAUCAUAAUUUAUCCCACAAUAAAAGGUGAAUUGGAAAUUGACCAGAGAGGAACAUCCUAUAUUUUAAAAUCUGAAUUGACUACGCCUCAUGGAAUGGUUGAGAUUUUCGAUGAGUUCGAAUACACUCAUACCAUGACCAUCAGAAACAGCUUAGAAGUUUUAACACCAUACUCAAAUUUUAAGACAAUUACCUCCAAUUUUGAUCUAGAUAUACAAACUGGUCAGAUUUACAUGUUCGGAGUUACUUUUGAUUAUCAAAAUGGGACUGAGAUGAUAAAGACCGGAGUUUAUGCAAAAUAUAUAGUGGAAAUCAGGGACGUAGGCUCGAGAAUAGCAGCACAAGAGCGGACAUAUAACGUAACGCUUAAAGUCAAUACACCAUUUGAAGCUUUGCCGAAGUUAAAGUUGUUUGGGGGUCUUGAGACUCAGGAGAAUUAUUAUAAUACUAAACUAUUGUUCACCACAAAUAGAAGUGAUAUAUCGGUGGAUGCUACUAUAGAGGUUGAUAAUGGACGUGUAGAUCUCUUUUCUCGUUUCCAUGUCACAACUCCGUCGAUUUAUAUUCCGUUUUGUGAAUUGAAAGUGAUAAAAUUAUUUUCGCCAGCAGAUAAUUACAUUGAUGUGAAUCUAAAGGUUCCAGAGAAAUUCCGAACAGACAUAUCCACUCGUUUAACUUGGAUGAUAAGAUCUAGAAACGAUUUCCGUGGGAUGUUUCAAUUGGCUACUCCAUUCACUGGUCUGGAAAAUACAACAGGAGGUUUAGAGAUAUACAUUUCAGAUCUUAGAUCGACGCUACAGCUCAUGGCUCAGCUUAACCCAAUUGAAGUACAGAUGAAUGCAAUAUUGAGUAACAAUGUAUUUUUAGCGAACUCUGAGUUAACUUUUAAUGGAGAAAGAAUUCCUUUAACUGUCAAUUGCUCUAUACAAAACCCUUCAAGAAAUAGAAGAGAAUUUGAAGGCAUUCUCAAGUUAAAGGACAAACAGUUUCAAAUAACAGGAAACGCUGAUUUUAUGGGAGCUUUGCCUGCAAGAGUUUCCGUGAAAUUUACUCCCGAGGACAAUAGCCCUUCCGUAACUUUUGAAUACCGAAUUAGCUUAACAACACUCAAUAGAUACGAGCUAUUAGGAAGUAUACGAUACUCGAAUAGAUUCACUAGUUUCAAUGCCAAUUUAACCACUAACGAUAACAGAAACCAUUAUGUAGUAGAUUUAAAGAUUUUAACUUCCAAAAAUGAUACGUUUAUUGUACACGCCACAACUGAUUUAAGUGGAAACAAAGCAAAACUAAAUAUUGACGCAGAAACUCCCAUAACAAAAUUGGAACGCCCCCGACUUGGAGCUACAUAUGAGUUUGAUGGUUUACAAAGGAAUAUUGAAGGAUUCUUCGAGUUAACAGAUGCUAAAGGAAAUGUCAAGAUAAACUUCAUUUCGCUUUACAUGGAAAACAUGUUAUUGAGAGCUAUUGGUAGGUUCGAAAACAAAAAAUAUACCAGCCAAUCUUCUGUGGAGGGAUUUUAUGUAAAUCCCCAAAAGUCUUUCACGCAAUUUAAAGCGGGUGGAGAUGUUAAAAUUGACAGACUAUGGGAAGCCAGCACAAAUAUUACAAUGAUCCUCAUACCUGGAAAUUAUAAAGCUGUAGAGACACAUAUUAAACUUCCGGAUGAAAACAAAGAAACCUACAGUAUGUGGUCCAAUGUAGAUUAUAAGGAUGACUUCACAAAUAUAGAUUAUUUUAUCAAAUACAGAACCAGUUACACACAAAAAAAGUAUGGUUCAACUGGAAAGAUUUCUACCGAAGAUAAUCAGAACUUAGUAGGAAAUAUCGAAGUAGAAUGGAAUGGAGAAAAAUUCAAUAACUUUGCGAAUCUAAAGAGAUCCGAAAAAACAUUGGACUUAAUAUACAAAUUAAAAACCCCCAAGUUCAUUGACAAGCAGCUACUGGUAGCGAAUAUUACGUAUUUGUAUUUAGAUGACCAUCAUUUAACAUGUGAGGCAUUUUUUCCUGAUGAUCGAUCGGUCGCAUUUGCAACAGUACACUACAAAGAACUGGCCAAUAUGAACGGAAUGAUCAGAAUUACUGUUCCCCAUAAGUCAUUGAACAAUACUGGAGCGUAUUUCAGGACAGAAUCCAAUGCCAUGGUUUACAAUCGAUAUUUAAAAAUAUUUUGGGAUGAUGAUAAUGCACUUUUAGACAGCAAGUGUGACAUCAAAACAGGGCCUACUUUGUUGGAUCGUAACACGAAGGGUAUAUUAAUUGUCGAGAUACCCUUAACUACCAGACAUAUUGCGGUGAUUGACUAUGAUUACAACGAAAAACCAAAAACCAGCUUUGGCCAGGCAACACUCAAUUAUAAUGGAGAAAAAGUCCUGGAGGGAAAAUAUAACCGGUUUGCAGAAUCACAAGCGGGUAAGGAUAAGGAUAUAGUCCACGUGGAACUCCAAAAUAGCCUCAUGCCAGUUGGUGCGGAUUAUAUUCACAAACAUGAUUAUGGAAUGCCAGAUGAUUCAACCAGGGAUAAUCGUGUAGUACAUCUCUAUAAUUUAGAAAAUCGAUCCAAAUUCAACGUUAGUGGAGAACUCGACGUAUUAACAAAAUGGAGUGGACAGGAAUACAUGCUAACUGCCAUACAUUCCAAUAGGGUUGUUAAAUUUUGGACAGACUAUGAUGUUUUGAAUGAAGGUUAUAAGCAGCAUUCGAGAAUUGAGUUGAGCCCAACCAAUUGGAUAGAAUACGACGUUAAGAUCUUAAAUAGAAGUUUGGAUGAGAAGUUUGACGCUCAGAAUGUUGUGAUUAACGUGGUCUAUCCUCGUCGUAGCUUCACGGCCCAAGGUUUCUAUAAUAUAAGUGAUUCAAUUGUAUCAACUGACGUGUCUCUGGUAUAUGAUAAAGACAAUAAAACAGUUCAAGCGGGAAUGGAUUGGAGACGUGCCUCACUUCAUCGAGAACAAUUAUUAUUCCAAAUCAAGCAUCCUUCGUUUGAAAAAAACAUAACUUUCAGCAGCGAAUAUGGCUACGAUAAAUCGUCUAUUGAUGGGGUAUUGUUUGUGGAGUAUUCAUCAGAUCCUAAUAAAAUGUUGGCAUUGAGAGGAAAACUGAGUGAUAAUUCCAAAUCAGUGACUUACAAUUAUACGUAUAAUAUCUGGGCUAAACAUAUUGCAACAAAUUUAAACUUAGAUUCUAGAGGCAUUUUUUACUGGAAUCCUAAUACAUUUGGAACUGAUCACGUCACAAAUUAUCAGCGAUCAUAUUUGCCAUCAUCUGUAUCAGAAACGUUAGCCAAAGUUAGUCUGGAAAACAAUGAGGUUGAAUUUAAGAGAGACAACAUAGCAAGUGGAAAAUCCUAUUUCUGGGGAAGAUACGAUGGAGAAUAUCCUGUUUACACAGCAAACAUGUCAGCUAUCUACGAUACUAAUGACACCAAAGGGGAAUUUUACAUUAAUUUCAAGAAGAAGUUGCUUUACCUCAACCUCAACAUGACAGAAGAUGGAUCUCAAAGUUUGCACAUGUAUGGCGUAAUUCCAGACGCUAGAAGCGCAGUUUUUGAUAUCUGGCGAGAUUACGAUGACAGGAGAAUUUCAGACGUAGCUUACUAUCUACGACUGAACCACUCUAGGUUGAUAAUGUCAAGUUUGAAAUGGAGGUCAGACUUAAUUGGUGAUGUAACGAGUGGUCUUAGAAGCAAUAUAAAAACAUUCUAUGAAGACACUCUUGAAGCAAUAAAUAAUACAAAGCAAUAUGUUAAAUCGGAAACUGUAGAUGCCAUCAAUGGUAUUUGGACAGAUUCAAAACCAUUUCUCACCAAUUUCCUAGGAGAUCUUCGAAAUCUUACCGUUAUUGAGGAAGAUUUGGAAGAGCUGCGAGUAUUUUUGAAUAAAUCAUAUUAUGCUAACGAUUUUUAUAUAAAAGAUAUAACAGAUAUUGUCGUGUCUGUAUUCGAUGAUUUAGCUUUGAAAUCACAUUUACAAUCAUUACCAAAAAUUGUGCAAGAAAUUUGGUCCGUGAUGGGCGACUCUGGACACAAAAUAAAGAAGAGUAUUUUAUGGAUAAUUGAACAGGUAAAAAUGUACUACAAAAACGCAACAGAAUUCAUUCAUAAUUUAUUAAAUGGAGAUCCCAUUGAAAGUCUGUCGAUUGGACUUGAAAAAUUAGUAGAAAAAUAUGAUUCGUUCAUUAAAAGUCUACACGUAGCGAUUAUACAAUAUAUGGAAAAUAUGUGGUCCCAAAUGUAUACUUUGGUAGUUGAAUAUUGGCACAAGACUCUAGCUAGUAUUGAACCCACAUUUUUAAAGUUCAUCCAUUAUUUGGAAUCGAUUGCAUGGAAUACUGGACAGAAAUUUAUAGAUUUCCUAUAUCUUCGGAAGAACGAAAUUAUCGAAUCUCCCUAUUUCCUACGAUUAACGAAAUUCUCCCAAGAUCUGGAUAGGUUUUAUAAAGAUAUAACAGGAAAUAAUACAAUUGCUAGCAUUUACAAAUAUGUUCAAAUAGCUUGGAAUUUCAUAAAAGAGAAGUAUUUGACACUUAUUCCUUUUGGCAAAGAAACAAUGGAUGUGGUAAACGAAAUAUUAUUUGAAUUGAAACAAAUAGGUGAAAUACCAUCAAUUAAGUUUUUAAUAGACGAAUGGUGGAAAGCCGUCGAUUAUUGCAAAUUUUAUUAUGAUUAUCUUGAUAUGGAAAACAGAAUACAUAAAAUUAUUCGUCUUGUAUACAUUAAGCUUUCUGAGCUCUCUAUGACAGCUUUAGAAACUGACAACAGGCAAAGAGUACCAAAAACCAAAUUUAUUUUUGAACCAAAUGAUGGCAUUAUGCUAUUGGAACAAAAAUUACCAAUGUCUUGGCAUGCUUUUAAUGAAACACCUAAAUUCAAGGAGAUUCCAGAAAUUAAAAAAAUAUUCGAUAUAAUGAGUUACCUGGAAGAAACUGAAUUAUCAUUUUGGAAUUUAUAUUAUGAUUACAAACCAUACACUGAUCCUAACGAUUGGUUACCUCCAUUCAAAGGACACGCCAUGUUGGUUGGAAAUAACCAUUAUGUAACAUUUGAUAAAAAAUUCUAUGACUUCCGCGGAAAUUGUACCUACUUACUAGCUACAGACUUUGUUGAUAAAAAUUUCACAAUACUAAUCUCUUACGAUGAUAUUACAAGAAAUAACGAAUUGAUAAUGCUUGUUGGAAAGACCGUUGUUCGAAUCAACAUUUUCACAGACAAAGUUCUUGUUGGAGAAUCAAGUAUAGAGCGUCUGCCCUUACAAAUUGGAGAAACAUAUCUUUACAAAGAUGCAGGAAUAUUCAAAGCAGAAAGUCAGUUAGGAUUUAUUUUGGAGUGCAAUAUGAAGUUCCAUACUUGCAUAUUUGAAAUGUCUGGUUGGUAUUUUGGUAAAACAGCCGGUCUUUGGGGAACUUAUAACAAUGAGCCUACGGAUGACUUUUUAACCUCAAACCAAACUCGAGCCGCCGAUUCUGCCUUAAAGAUAUUUGGAAAUAGUUGGUCAUUGGAUAAAACUUGUAAGAAUGACAUUCUUGAAAGAGUAGAGAAAGAAAAAACUGCCUCUAAGGAAAUAUUGGCUCUUUGUGAAGAAUUUUUCAAAAGUAAAGUUUCACAACUUAGCACAUGUUUUCCCAGAGUACCAAAGGAGAGUUUUCUCUAUAUGUGUCUGAAUAGUACAACAGAACAAGAAGCAUGCAUGUCAGCCGUAUCUUACAUUAACCUAUGUUCUUAUGCAAAUACGCCGUUGAGGAUACCAGACACGUGUAUAAAGUGUAAUUUACUAAAUGGUAUUGAGAUACGAGAAGGUCACUUUAUUCGAUUACAAGGAAGCGAUGUUCCACAGACUGCAGAUAUCGUUUUUAUAGUGGAAGCAAAAAAAUGUAAUAAAGACCUCAAAAAAUCCAAAAACUUUGAGCUACUUAUAGAUCUAGUAGAAAAAGAAUUGCAAGAAUAUAAAAUUAUGAAUAAUAGCUAUGCAGUCGUUACUUUUGGAGGUAAUGGAGUAUACGAUGAACCUAGAAGCAUAGUUAUUGAUGGAAAAACUUUUACCGAUGCGAAAUCGAUAUUGAAGUAUUUUGAUCAAAUUCCUGUUGGAAAUGGUACCAAUGAUAUGUUCAACGGCAUCAUGUUUGCAUAUAAUUUAAUAUUCCGACCGGGAGUUUCAAGAAAUUUCAUUUUAGUGCCCUGCUCUGAAUGUCAUAGAAAUAACAUGCAACAUGACUAUUCGACGAUUCAUCAACUACUAUCGGAAAGUGCCAUUUCCUUGCACAUUUUAAUGAACAAUCAGUUCACAAUGCAGAAAGGAAGAGAUGCCAAAAUCCCGUUCGGAAUCGAUAGAAGAUUUGCAUACACAAAAAAAGACAUAAAAAGUCUUGUAGGUGAUCAACCACUUAGAAAGUCUAUAAACCUUCCUAAAUCUAUUUUAGGUCUUUGUCUGUCGCUCUCCUUAGAAACCAAUGGUACGAUUUACAGCGCGAAACUGCUAGAAGGUGAAAAGAAGAAUGCCAGAAAGCUAGCAACAGUUUUCGCUAAAACAUUUGCCAGGGUAGCGACACCUACUCAGUGUGUGGAUUGUGAGUGUACUGCUCCAAAUUCCGGGGUUUCGUACAUGGAGUGUACAUUAUGUACUAUGGCCAACUCAACCAGGUUCAAUUUUGAGACUUUGGGGCUGGAUGAAGAUGAACUGAAUUUUUUCGACGGGUUUAGCUUCUAAAUAUUCUAUGUAUUGCUAGGGUAUAAUAGUACACUAGCAUAGUACUGUAUUAGUAAAAAUAUUGAAUAGGAUAAUAGUGUAAUAGUACAUAAAUAAUAUAGUAAAAAUAUGUAUAAAAUUAUUUUGAAGAAAA